UGUUUACAUAUAUAUAUGAUAAGUGUAUUUGUAUAUGAACUCAUAAACAUCUCCUCAAGAAGAAGGUAAAAAAUGAUUAUGAAAGGAAAAAAGCCAUAUGUGGUUGUGUUUGUGAUACAAACUAUAUAUGCAGCUAUGUUUCUACUCUCCAAAGCUGCAUUUGAUCAUGGCAUGAACAAUUUCAUCUUUGUUUUCUAUAGACAAGCAUUAGCAACCAUUUUCCUCAUACCUUUUGCUUUCAUCUUCGAAUGGAAAAUUGCACCCCCUUUGUCUUUCAGGACCUUCUGCAAGAUUUUCUUCCUUUCUCUCUUCGGCAUUACGUUGAGCUUGGAUAUAAAUGGUAUUGGUUUGAUUUACACCUCUCCAACUUUGGCAGCUGCUACCACAAAUUGUCUUCCAGUUAUCACCUUCUUUUUAGCACUCAUACUUAGGGUUGAAAGUUUGAAAAUAAAAACACGAGCUGGGAUUGCUAAGUUGAUUGGCAUUGUGGCAUGUUUGGCUGGUGCAUCUACCCUAGCCUUUUAUAAAGGUCCUCAUUUAAAGCUUUUAAGCCAUCACAUUCUUGGAUCCAAUAAACAACAUGAUCAAAGUCAUAUUCCAUCUAGUACAUGGAUAAAAGGUUGUUUCCUCAUGUUGCUCUCCAACACACUUUUUGGUCUAUGGAUGGUGUUACAGGCUUUUGUAAUAAAAGACUACCCGCCAAAGCUGAUCUUUACAACUCUUCAGUGUUUUUUAAGCUCAAUUCAAUCUUUAGUUAUCGCCUUGGCCAUAGAAAGGGACAUUGAGAAGUGGAAAUUGGGUUGGAAUAUCAAUCUUCUUGCUGUAGCUUAUUGUGGAAUUAUUGUGACAGGGGUGACAUAUUACUUAAUGACAUGGGUUAUAGAGAAGAAAGGACCUGUGUUUCUUGCCAUGUCAACACCACUAGCUCUCAUUAUUACAAUAUUCUCCUCUGUAAUUCUCUUGGGCGAUAUAAUAAGUUUGGGAAGUGUUUUAGGUGGGUUCCUCUUAAUUGUGGGACUAUACAGUGUGCUGUGGGGAAAGAACAGAGAGCAAACACCAAAAGUUUCGCAAGAUUUGGAACAACCAUCAGUUUAGAAUGAGCUACACAACACUUAGCAUAAGACAUGCUAAGGUUGGAGGUACAAGUACAAACAAAACUACCACAUUGUAGAAAGGAGGGAAUGACAUGAGACAAGCUCAACAACUGCCAAACAACACCAACACAGAAGGCAUAGUUGAAAAACACAGAUCAACUAUUACAAAUAAAAACAAGACAGAGUGAAAGCCUAAUAGUAUUAAAUUGUCAGAUAUGUCAAAAAAAAAAAACACACACACUAAAUA